AGGGGAAUAAUUGUGCUUCUAUCACACCCCAACCAUCCUCCAGGCCGGGUUGCGGCUUCUCCGCCUUGUGACCCAUCUCUGGCUCGCUCUCUCACUCUCCCUUACAGACAGGCACAGACAGGCACAGACAAACAGACCGAGAGGGAGAGGGAGAGAGAGAGAGAGAGCGAGAAGUAGUAGUGUAUUUCUCUUCCCCUUGUGCUCUCCCUCGCAGUCUCCCUCUCUCAUGUACUGCAUAGCUUCCUACCUACAUAAGUAUCUACAUGCUCAUGCUCGUCCACCACGGAUACUCGCCCCCUCUCUCUCUCUCCCUCCCUCUCCCUCUCCCUCUCUCGCGUUCUUGCAAUUUCUGAUUGUUCCUUCUCCAAGUGUCGCUAAGCCCCGCUGCUGCUGCUGCUCCUCCUACUCGCACUCCUCCCCCUUGCAUUGCAUUGGGAUGUGUGAGGUGGCACUCCAUCCCUCUCCCUUCUACCAUCCAGGUGCAUCGCUCUAUCGUUCCCUCCCUACUCCUCUUUCUCUCUCUCGCUCUCUCUCUCUCAUCUGCAUUGUUCGAUCUAUCAUGCCCUCUUCCUCUCCUUCCUUCCACCUCUAUUGCGCAACCCAAGCGGAUUUACCUUCGCGUUUUGGUUCGGUUGGCCACUUAAACCGCAUCACUAGGUGGCUAUGGUGAAUGCGGAAGUCUUCGACUCCUUCUUCCGUCUAGCAGAUCUCGACAAGGAUGGUCGCAUUAGCGGGAAGGAGGCCGUGGGAUUUUUCAAGGGUUCGGGCCUACCUCAGAUUACCCUUGCGAAGAUCUGGCAAUUCGCCGAUCAGGGACGGACCGGAUAUUUGUCUCGAGUGGAAUUCUGCAAUGCAUUGAAGCUGGUGACCGUGGCGCAAACAGGGAGAGAGAUUACUCCAGAGCUAGUGCGUGCUGCGUUGACAGACCUUGCUGCUGCACAGAUACCGCCUCCGAGGAUUGUCAUGCCUGCAGAACAGCCUGGUGUACCUGACAGUGCGCCUGCACAGGUUCCCACCUCGCAGGGAGUUCUACCUCCGGUCUACUCUCCUGCGGCUCAAGGGGUUGCCAAUCGACAGGAAGCACAGUCUCGUAGCGUUCAGGUUAGCAGUGGUGGUGUAAUGCCUGCGGGAUUGCAGGGUAAUGGUUUGGCAGGUUCACAGGGAAUGUACGGUGCUGCUCUGUUCCAGAAGUUUUCCCCGCAUACGAAUAGCGCGCCAAGUGCACCGUUACCUCAAGGUGGCAUCGGAGGACCAGCCAGACGUUCAGGCCCGCAGGCGAACAGCCUCUCGACCGGAGGCGCUGGGUUACCGCGCCCGAUGUCUCAGACGAGUAGCGUGUCGCGGUUUCCAUCUGCAGAUCAGGUUCAGGUAGCGCCCACAGGAUUCACUCAAGGUUGGGGGAGACCUCCUGCUGGUGGAGCGCCAGCGAGACCAUCACUGGGGACCUUGUUAUUUUCAAACUCUUCAUGGCCAUUGAAGGAGGCCAAUGUUCCUGGUGCAAGCCAAGGCCUGGUUUCCACGAGUGAGUCCUCGUCUCCAAGUGCGAUGUCGGCACCAAGGUCGGGUCAGUCUAGGUCCUUGACGCCGGUUUCUUCUAAUGCUGGCGGUAGCGCGACGUCUGCAAUGCAUGCUUCGACUGUGAAUUCCAAAAAUGAUGAUGUUAUUGGAGGGGGUUUCGAUUCUGGGAUUGACCUGUUUGGCAGCGGGUUCAAGGCCGCUCCUCCGAAUGGCAUGCCCAGCACUACACCAGGGUCUACUUCCAUCACUGCGGACAUGUUUUCGAGAAGCCAAGCAGCGAAGCCCGCCCCACUUGCUCCUCCUGCGCAAUCCGAAUCUACUUCCGUGACCCCUGCUGCUCAAACCAAGCCGUCUCCUCUUGAUAAAUCUAUGUUCAGCGCUCCUGUGGUUCCGUCUGUGCCAGUAUCAUCACGAGCUCUCGGUGUUGCUGGAGUUUCUCAAGGUCUACCUCAAAAUGGAUCGAUGGGCAUUGGUGCUGGAGCUGGGCCGAGGUCACCGGGGAUUCCUGUGAUGGAGGGCUCGUGGCCCCAAAUGUCGGUCAACGACGUGCAGAGGUAUACCCGAGUGUUCGUGAAGGUGGACAUAGAUGAAGAUGGAAAGAUAACAGGAAAUCAAGCCCGGGAACUAUUUUUGAGUUGGCAACUUCCUAGAGGAGUUUUGAAGCAAGUUUGGGAUCUUUCUGACCAAGACAAUGAUAGUAUGUUGUCAUUGCGCGAGUUUUGUACUGCACUUUAUUUCAUGGAGCGGUUCAGGGAAGGACGUACUCUUCCACCCACACUUCCUCCUGGCAUACACCCCGACAAUUUGCAAGUUCCAGCUGAACUAGUCCCUGAGGGAUCUACUGGUCAAACUACUCCUAUUUGGCGACAUAUACCAGGUGCUCCACAGCCAGCAGUUUCUGCUGCGGGAGCGAAUGUUGUAGGUGAUCCGCAGCCACCGAUCGAAGCCUCCAAUGUGCAGCGAAUGCCUGAACGAGCUGUGCCUGCUCCAGGAGAAGCAGGUCCAUCAGCAGUUCAGGAGCCUUACAAGUCCAAAGUACCGGCCUUAGUGGAGAAUUUAGUGAAUCAGCUCAGCCGUGACGAGCAAGAAAUGUUGAAGACAAAGCACAAAGCUGCUGAAGAGGCUGACAAAAAGGUGUUUGAGCUUGACAAAGAAAUUCAGGACUACCAGGAGAAAAUUGAGUUAUACCGGACAAAGUUGCAAGAAAUUAUUCUAUUCAAGAGUCGGUGUGACAUUGAACUGAACGAGGUGAAAGAGAGGGUUGCUACAGAAAGGCGCGAGAUUGAUACACUGGGUAAGAAGUAUGACCAGAAGUUCAAGCAAGCAGGUGAAGUCAGUUCACGGUUGCAAGCUGAAGAAGCAGCCUUCCGAGAUAUUCAGGAAAAAAAGAUGGAGUUAUAUACUGCUAUUGCGAAGCUUGAUAAGGGUGGUGAUGCCAAUGAAUCUCUUGAGAAUCGUGCUAGCCUCAUUUCAGCACAUCUAGACGAUUUGAAGAAGGUUCUUUAUGAGAGAAGCAGGGCGCUUGGAGUAAAGCCAAAGUCUGCAGUUCCUAUAGAAGUAUCCACCGGUUUCGGAGGAAUUCCUGAUAAUGCAAUGGAAUGGGUUGAAGACUGGGAUAACUUCACUGAUGAAGGAUUCACAAAUGUGCGUGACAUUAUGGAUGAUAUGGGUGUAGUUCCAUCUACCACCAAAUCUGCGUACUCGGCUCCGUGGGGUAAUGGUGAAAGCCUGUUUGAUGACGGCUUUGAUUUCUCAUCAGAGCCAACUGUGCCUGAUUUCAAAGCAGGACAGGAUGAGAAAUCCGCCUCUACAUCUGAGAAGGCUCAUGCAGAUUUCCGAUCUGCAGAAGGAAAUGAUGUUUUCAAAAGUGCUUUUGACGAUGGUCCUGAGCGUGAUGUAUCUUUAUCCGAUUCUCCGCACAAGUAUAAUGCUUUUGGUGCAAGCCUUCCUAGUGCAAGGUUUGACGAAGGCGAAACUGGUGGUAGCGUUUUCGGUGGUGAAGCUACCUUUGACACCAUAUCCGAAAGUGGUUUUGGCCUAGAACGGAGUACCUUCGAUUCUAAAGAUCCCUUUGGUGAUAGCCAUGGAGCGUGGGCUUUUAACGACGAUUCAAACGCAGAUUCUCGUGCUUCUUGGGGACAGUCGAGUAGUAUUGUCCCAAGUACUCAGACCUCCAUGGACUUAACCAGCUCACGAGGUCAAACGCGUUUUGGAAGGGAACCAGGCUCCAUCGUAGACACUCUUGAUCUGGAUCCCCUAAGUGUUUCAAGCCCCACGGGCAUCUUGUUUGACGGGUCAAUCCGGGUUUCUAGUUCCAGCGGUUUCGAUAGCCCUAGGAGGGAGUCGGUUUCAAGCCCAGGCGCGAAAGGAUUCGGUGGACUGUCCAGUCCUGGUUGGAGUUUCGACCGGAAUGGAAAUGGUCAUGAUGAUUACAAAAGUGCGUUUGGGGCAUUCGACUCCCCCAAGUCGAACUCUUUCGGCUCUCCCAGGAACACAUUUGGCUCUCCUAAAAAUACUUUUGGUUCUCCCAAGGACUCUUCUUCGUUUUUUGGUAACUCAAGCUUUGACGCGACACCGUCAUUUUUCAGGGGGAGUCCAGGGGUCUCAAAGAGAGAGGAUCCAUACGGUGGUAACAGUUUCUUGCUGUUUGAUUCAUUUAGAGGUCCUGGAAGUCCUGCGGCUCCAGCCAGCGCAUCAGAAGGAAAUGACGAUCACAGCAUAUUGAGGCAUGACGGAGAGAAAUCCAUGCAAAGAUUGGACUCCUCAAACAGUAUGAAGCCUGACCGCAAGCAUGGGUUUGGUUCUGAUAAUGGUUCCGAUCCUUUCGGUGCAUUUGGUGGCUCGGGACCCUUUAGUGCAGGAAUAGCCAAGCAGACUAACGUGUGGAGCGCAUUUUAGCAUCCUCCCUGAAUCCGACAUUGUGCUUUAGUUCCUACUUUCGAUGUUUAGAUGUUUAUGGACUAGGACUUGGAUCGCAGAGGGAAAGCUUUAACAAGAAAUCAAUUAGUUAAAUUUUGUGGAAUGUUUCGUUAUCACUUCUCUACCUCCAGAUUCUUUCACAUUUUUAUGACUGCAGAUUACAUACCUAGUCAAGCUGACAUCCUCCGAGGGUCAUUUGACGA